AUGCACACAGAAGCGUUCAGCUUCCAAUUUUUUCCAAGCAUUCUAGCAAUGGCUACUCUUUGGAGCUUCGGGUCAAGCUUAAUCUUCCUCACAAAAAACCCGCCCAGAAGGGCGAACAUGAGAACGCUGGCUGCCAUCAAUGUGGAACACAAAAUGCGGGUUCCGUAUGAGCUGAAAAAGGGUCAAUCCCGUAUUUUCCACACGCUUCCAUCUGGGUUGAACAUGGAAGUCAUCUUCCAAGAGGGGGCGAAACGCAAAAUUUCAGAUAAAGGGAAUGAUAAUUCAGAAAAUCCACCAUUAGUGUUUAUUCAUGGAAGCUAUCACGCAGCUUGGUGCUGGGCUGAACAUUGGCUGCCUUACUUCUCCCAAAAUGGAUAUGACUGCUAUGCUCUCAGCUUAUUGGGUCAGGGGGAAAGCGAUGCUCCUACUGGUCAAGUGGCUGGAACUCUCCAGACACAUGCAAGGGAUGUCGCUGACUUCAUCCAGAAAGAAAUCAAGUUGCCCCCUGUCUUAGUUGGACAUUCAUUUGGAGGACUGAUUGUUCAGUACUACAUUGCAAAUGUGAGAAAAGAUAAAACACAAGUUAAUGGAAGCUUACACCCCUACAUUACCGGUGCUGCAAUGCUUUGCUCUGUUCCUCCAUCUGGUAAUGGUGGGAUAGUGUGGCGGUAUCUCUUCUCCAAACCCAUUGCUGCAUUUAAGAUAACGCGCAGCUUGGCAGCCAAAGCAUUUCAAACUUCGUUGCCUAUUUGUAGGGAAACAUUCUUCUCCGUUGCCAUGCAGGAUGAACUGGUUUUACGUUAUCAGAAGUUGAUGAAGGAAAGUUCACGGAUGCCAUUGUUUGACCUAAGGAAGCUAAAUGCAUCACUUCCUGUUCCUCCCUUGACAAAUCCUUCUCUUCCAGUUUUUGUUUUGGGUGCAAAGGAUGACUUCAUAGUGGAUCUGGAAGGACUCCAGGAGACAGGCCGAUUUUAUGGUGUCUCACCAGUGUGCAUUGAAGGGGUGGCCCAUGAUAUGAUGCUGGAUUGCUCCUGGGAAAAGGGUGCUCGUGUACUGCUUUCCUGGUUGUCUAGUCUGGACCCAGAAGAUUAA